AUGGACGAGGCCCACGGCCACGCUCGUCGAGCAGAACGGCUAGCCCAACUCGGGGCGUAUGACGAUGCCGCCGAGGUCCAUACUGCUGCGGCUGAAGCGUAUGCGGCCUGCGCGUCUGCGGCCGCCGGCCAUGGCCCCACCGCUGCUGCCUGCGCCGCCCUUGCUGACCACCACACUGCGGCUGCUGCUGACGCCAUCACCCGUGCUACGACUUCCCGCGCCCGCGCUGCUGCCCGCGCAGAGGCUGCGGCUGCGGCUGCGGCUGCGGCUGCUCGAGCUCCGUCGUCACACGAGCUCCCGGCGGGAGACGGCGGCCGCGAUCACGACUCGCCGGCACCGUCACCCUCGGGUGGCGGCGCUCCUCGUGACGAUUGGGAGACGUCGUCGUCGGACGAAGAUGACGCGGUUGUUGCCCAACGGCGGAUCGCCGAGGCGCUGGCUCGUGGAGAGUCCGGCCCGGCGGUCGAGGCCGCCAUCAACAGCUUCUGGGGCGCCAUGGAGGCCAUGGUCGAGAACCUGAGCCUGCCGUCGUUUCUGGGCGGUGGCGGCAGCGGGCUGGGCCCGGCAACGAGCUCGCCGGCCGAGGGCGACGACCUUAUGGGCACCUCGUUCUUUAUGGUUCCCGACCCGUCCGAGGCCCGGUCCAAGGACGACGAGAUCCGGCGCCUCCGCCGCGAGAUGCGGGCCAUCAUCGACGAAGGCCGUAGCUUCCAGCUCAAGUCGCGGCAGCUUGCCGACGAGAACGCGCGGCUCAAAGCUGCCAUUGCCACCUUCCAGUCGGACCUGCGCCGCAAGGCCCGCGUCCUCCGCCAGGACUUGGCGGCCUCGGUCUCGUCGCUCGUCGAGCUCCACUCGUCGCAGCUUGCCGAAGACAUGAUGAGCCAGUCAGCAGUUCUGCGCCACUCGGUCGCGCCACCACCGCGGCCGCGCUCUGGCUCUGGCUCACCGGACGGCGCGGCUUCUGACGAGGCUGCUGCCGCGGCUGCCGAGACUGAGAAGCUCAAGGCUGCACUGUUGCGCCAGAGCCUUGUCAUCGCCGGCCUCCGCGACAAGGUCGCCAAGUACGACGCCAGGUGGGCCAAGCUCAAGGCCGAGGCUAAGAAGCGCCGGCGGAGCAAAGACUCUGCCGCGUCCUGACGCUCAACACUGUUUACUUGAGUGGGUGAUGGCGCUUGGUGGCACCUGCGCCUACCUUCAUCGCCUCCUCCUCGCGCGCAACGCUCUCACUUGCGCCCGCCUCCUCUCCGCCAGUGCUAGCACUUGCCCGCAGCCGCUUGUUGCCGCGCUUGGGUGAGGUGCCCGGCGGCGGCUCAUCGGGUGGCUCGGACCGGAUGCCCUGGACGGUGACGGCAAACCGCGCCGAGCCCUGCGAGUGCGAUGGCGACUUGAAGAGCAACGCCAGACGCGCGCCGUUGUCCCAAAACAGGUUGACACGGACGGUGGCGGCAUGACCCCACGACUCGCCGAGCGCUGGCGCUAGGUACGCAUGGCCCUGGGAGAUGCCGCGGGUCGUCACCUGGUUCAUCAGUACCACCGCGAGUCCGGCUUUCUCCGCCAGCAGUGUCAGCGACUGCGCCAUCCCGUUGAGCACCCGUGUUCGCACACCCAUGUUGGCAAAGUCGUGCCGAAAGUGAAAAGCAACCGAGUCGAUGACCACCAGCCGCACGUUGCCCAGCUCCUCCACAAUGCCCGGCAGCAGGUUGAUGAGAGCAAUUUGCUCCACGUACGAGUGAACCCGAUAGUAGGCGAUAGAGCUGAGGACAGACUCAAGACUGAGC